UCCGUGCGUUUCUUGGUGACAGAAAAUGGCGGAAGACGCCAGCUCUGGGGAUGAAUUCGAUGACUGGUUUAUUGAAUCCAUUAAAUUGUAUAAUGAUCUUCACAUAUAUGAACUACAACAUGCAACUCAAGUUAUUGAAUGGACUGAUGAAAAAAAUGUCUGUGUAGCUGGAUGUGAGUUCUUGAAAAAAAAUGAAAUCCUACAGCUGUCAUUACCUCAGAAGCUCUAUAAUAAGGAUAGUCAGGGCUUGUGUCCGGAAAGAGAUUUUAAGGUUGAACAUGGUGGAUUCUCAGAGAGACCUGUGUACAGUCUGAGACACAUUCAAGGUACUAGUCUGUUGGUAACCAGUGGACCUCCAGAUAAUUCAUUGCAAUUAUGGAAGAUAGGUGCAGAAGACACUGAUGUUAUCGGACUAAUUGGUUCCAUUGAGAACAGAGUUAUGGAGAACAUCUGGUCCAGAAUAUCUGUCAGCAAGAUGAUGUCGUCACGUGUUCUUCAUGGAUCAAGGGUCAAUAAUAUUCAGGUCACAGACAUAGAGUCAAAGAUGGAGCUGUAUAAACUAGAUUCAGAUAUCAUUCAUGUAGUAAGCAAUUUAGAACUCUUGGAUAGCAAUUUAUUCUUGAUUUGCUCCAUGCAUGGAGGCCUUUGGCUUGCAGAUGUUCGUCAGCAUCCUGGUCUUAUUGCGAAUGCCACAACUAAUCAGCAAACGUCUACAGAACACUGGUGCAUGGGAAUCAAUUCUUUCAAGAUUGGAGAUGGUUUUGCAAGUUGUAAAAUAGCAACGCUGUCAUCAGAAAGACGAAUUAUGGUAAAAGACAUGAGGGACCUCAAAAAAACACUGAGCCAGGCCAAGGUCAGCUUUCCUAGACAGAGUUUGCAAAACAGUUUUUUGUGUGUUACAUGGUCCCCUGUGGUGGAAGAACUCCUUGCAGUUUCAGGCUUUGAUGGUACUGUUCAUGUUUAUGAUACCAGCUCCUGGAAUGCAGCAGAGAAGGAAGUACAGCCACUGUUUAUUCAUAAAGGUCACAGUUUCUCAGACAGAGGUGAUGAGGCCGAGAUUCCUCUAGUAACAACCCAUACAUGGUGUCCAUGGAAACCUAGAACCAUAUUGUCAGCAGCCACUGAUGGCUCCUUCCAUGUUUGGGACUGGGCUGACUUUCAUACAAGUUAAUAUCUGUGAGAUUGCUGCAAACUAGUUAAUAUGGCGCAUCAUGAUACAGCUUUAAGUAUGCAGGCUUUUGAUGACUUCAGAAAAAAUAAAUUAAAGCAGCUGGACUUGGACUUUUACCAGCUUUGCAUUUCCACUAGUUAUAUGUUACUGUUAAUUGAUUUAUUUAUGACAACAUGGAGGUCUCAGUAAAGCUUGCAGCUUCAGUUGUGUGUGCAUUGUUUUUAACUGAGGUGCAUAUAACUCAUGGUAUUUCUUGUUCUCAACAGAACUAUGACUCACAAGAUAAAAUGGAUUUCUCUUGCUACUUUAAAAUAUUUAUAAAUCUGUGAAACAACAUUUUCUAAUUAAAAUAUGCUCAAGUUUU